ACUAUAAAUAGCGAUUCAACCAACGCUAUAAUUUCAGUGCGAAAAGCAUAAUCGGGUUUCCAACGAGUACCGAUUGGCGAGUUUUCAUUCUAAUCUAAAACGGUUGAGCCACCCGCACCCAGUCAUGCAGAUCAGCGUAGGUCGCAUGAUUUUCCUUAUGGCGGUGUCCUGUUUGGGGCUGACGUUAUCUGUGGAUUACUGUGAUCCAUUGCUGUGUGAUAGCGGCAGGAUACACAUCGGUUGCAACGCCACAGAUGACUUUGGCGAGGCUUGCCCCGUCAGCCCGGAUGUGGUGGCCAUGGAUGACAAAUUAAAGGAACUUAUCCUGGACAUGCACAACAGUUUGAGGAGUGAACUGGCCAGUGGGAAGAUGGAUGGAUUCAAUUCGGCCGAACGGAUGCCCAUCUUGGAAUGGGACGACGAGUUGGCCAAAUUGGCCGAAUACAAUGCCCGGUCCUGUUUGUAUUCCCACGAUGAGUGCCGUGGUACGGAGAGGUAUCGCUUCGCCGGGCAGAACAUCGCCCGGAAGUCAAAGCCCGACAACAUCACAGUGAAUGUGACACGUGCCAUUUCGGAUCUGACCAACAAAUGGUGGCAGGAAUACGUUGAUACCAAUCAAACCGUGAUGGACGCUUACCAAAAGGUGGACGAAGGGAUCCACGUCCAACAUUUUGCACUGAUGGCCAGCGAUCGGAUCACCAAGGUCGGUUGUGCCGCAGUCAAGUAUUACAACCCGGAAAACAAACGUAACUACUUCUACUACGUUUGCAAUUACUCGUUUACCAGCGUGUUUGGCAAGCCGGUGUACAAAAAAGGCAAACCGUGCUCGAAAUGUGACAACUGCAGCAAAAAGUAUCCCGGGCUGUGCGAGGGAAUUGGCGAUGAAAUCGACAAAGCGCUUUGAACAUACCCGAAACGUGUGUUGUAAUCGUGAAUAGGAUUUAUCCAAAUAUAGUGCCUCAUCCGGAUUGUAUUUCUGCGGAAUGCAGAGGAAAUAAUGCGUGCAAGAAUUUCAUUAAAUGCCUACCGAAAACAGAA